AUGCCGAGAUCGAGACGCCGCUUCCACCGCAGGGGUCCAGAUGUCGCGCUGCUGCCAGAGCAUGCCUCCGCCCAUUUUUUGGCGACGAGGAGCACGGUCGGAGGUCGGAUGUCGUCGGCGACUGCGGAGGUCGUGAAGUCGUCGAUGGAACACACGGUGGCCGAAGAUGGAGGAUGGCGACUGAGAACCGACACCUCUUUGCACCACGCAGAAGGAAAUCGCGAAACCUCCUCCACGCGGCACCAGGUGGCUAAAGAAAUUCUCCAUCUCCGGCAGUGGCCGGUCCGGAGAGAGGGUCUUGUGCGGUGGCGGCGAGUAGCAGGAGGGGUAGUGCUCUGGAUUUUGGUUGUGGUAAUGAGUGUGGACUGCAAGUUGGAGGAACAUGAAGAGCCUCUGCUGGCUUAUCUGAUAGACUCGGGAGAGAUUAGUCGUGAGACGGCUGGAUUAUUGCAGACUAAAUGCAUGCAGGAGUUUUUACUUGCCAAGAGAACCAUAAAUUACUUCAAUCCGAAUGCUCAGUCGUCCACAACAAGCAUGCAUGAAGCUUUCAGCAUCUUGUGCCCUCAGGUUAAGAAAGUCCUCCUUGAUUGCUUGCGAGAAAACAUUCUCGUGAGUGAACAGAAGGAUUCAGAUUCAGAUUCAGAUUCUUGGUACAACCGAUACUCAGGGUGGUUUAUUUUCCAGAGGCACUUCUCAUCCACACGGCGUGAGUUAGUUCAGAAAGAAGAAUCUGCGCCAUUUCCAACUGUUGCUGCCGUUCUGGUUAUAGCGGCUUUUGCUCUCGCUAUUGGGGCAUUGCUCUUUUUUUUCUGUAGUAAUACCUCUGGUCAGGGUAUAAAUGAUGAAAACCCACUUCUUAGAUUAAGCUUAAGUGACCAUUCUAUAGCAUCUACACAGAAGAUGCCCAGUCUAGGUGCUCUGAUGAGCGAAGAGAAGUACGGUAAUAAAUCUUUCAACAGCAGGCUUAGCCUCAACAGAAGCAGCAGCCGGAGUCUGCUCACGGACCUGCAUUCUCCAACCAACUCAAAACUCGAGAUCCCCCUCGGGCCCACAAAUGGGCCCCUCCCCCCUCCACCCGGUAAUGAACUCCCUCCAGAACUAAUUCAGACUUUGCUAAAGAUGGCACCAACUGCCGAAGAAGAAUUAAAGUUGAGACUCUUUGAUGGCGAUCUGUCUAGAUUGGUUCCGGCAGAGCGUUUUCUGAAAGUUAUGGUCGAGCUUCCAUUUGCUUUUAAGAGGCUAGAAUGCCUGCUAUUUAUGUGCACUCUCGAGAACGAGGCAGCAACUUUAAAAGAGUCCUUUGCAAUCUUGGAAGCUGCAUGCACGGAGGUGCGGAAGAGCAGACUUUUCCUGAAGCUACUGGAGGCUGUCCUCAAAACAGGCAACCGCAUGAACGACGGGACCUUCCGCGGGCGGGCCCAGGCAUUCAAGCUCGACACCCUUCUCAAGCUCUCGGAUGUCAGGGGCAUCGAUGGCAAGACCACGCUUCUCCACUUUGUGGUGCAGGAGAUUAUCCGCUCGGAGGGCGUCCGGGCAGCCCGUGCGGCCCGCGAGAUGCGCAGCAUGUCAAGCUUCAAGUCUGAGGACCUCAUGGACGAUAUCAACCACCCCCAGGAAUCGGACGAUUACCUCCGGAGCGUGGGCCUUCAGAUCGUCUCUUCCCUGGGUAACGAGCUCCAGAAUGUCAAGCGAGCCGCCAUUCUCGACUUGGAUGGGCUCACGUGCACUGUGGCCAAGAUGGGCCGGGCCCUUGUCAAUGUUGGCAACUUUUUGAGCAGCGACAUGAAGGAGGCCGAUGAGGAUGACGGGUUUUGUGAGGCAUUGAGGUGUUUUGUGCAGGAUGCGGAAGGGGAGGUGAAGUGGUUGGUGGACGAGGAGAAAAGGAUAACCGCGCUGAUGAAGAGCACGGCGGAUUACUUCCACGGUAAUGCGGCAGGCAAGGAGGAGGGCCACAGGCUGUUUCUGAUAGUGCGUGACUUUCUCGUCAUUUUGGAUAAGGUCUGUAAGGAGGUGAAGAAUAUGACGAUGGUUGGGAAGGAGCAGUCGCCAAAGGCAGCGCCCAACCAGAAGAAGGCUGUUCAAGUUGAAGCUGGGAGGAUGAUGAGUAAUGGAGACUCACAAUAA